CACGAAAUAUUGUAUUUCUAUGAAAAAAAAUAAUUAACUCUUAAUUUAUUAUGGAAUGGAAUAUAAUAUUGAUUAGAAAGGAAACAACUUAAUUAUUAAACGCUUAUGGAUUCAUAAGAAAAAGGAUGUAUACAUUGUGUUUGAACAUGUACAAAACUAGCGUUCAAAAAUAUUUGCCUUUUUAUAAGUAAUAAGUCAAUAUCUGAAUAUUUCCCGAACAUUUUUUUAAGUACCUUACUUCAAUCAUCAAAAAAUGGAAGAACACAAACAUAUUUUUCGUGAAAAUGUGAUUCCAGAGGUACCAGACUUAGCUAUUUAUAUUCCAAAUUUUAUUACACAAGAGGAAGAAGAUGAAAUAACAAAAUAUGUGAAUAGUGCUCCAUUACCAAAGUGGACACAAUUAACUCAUCGUAGAUUACAAAAUUGGGGUGGUAUUCCUCACCCAAGAGGCAUGAUAGCUGAAGAAAUACCAAUUUGGCUCCAAAAAUACAUUAAUAAAGUAUCAUCAUGUGAUAUAUUUGAAAAAAAUAAACUACCUAAUCAUGUUUUACUUAAUGAAUAUCUACCUGGUCAAGGAAUAAUGGCACAUUCAGAUGGUCCACUCUUUCAUCCAAUUGUAACAACCAUAAGUUGUGGCUCUCAUACACUUUUAGAUUUCUAUAAAAGGCUUGACAGUACAGAGCAACACCAACCUAAUUUAGAGUUCAGUUUUCUGUUAGAACGUAGGAGUCUAUUCAUUCUCCAAGGAGACUUAUAUCACAAUUACUUGCACUCAAUUGCAGAAAGAGACACAGAUGUUGUUUCAAAGUCUGUGAUAAAAAACUUGAGUAUAUGCGGAGACAAAUUUUCGGAAGGAGAAAUAUUAAAACGGGGAACUAGGUUGUCUUUAACUAUUAGACAUGUUCCAAAAACUAGCAAGUUAAAACUAAGAAUUGGAUAAUAUAUUUUUAUGUACAUACAUAUUAUUUCACUUUGUAAAGUUUGAGAACACUAAAUGUGUUUUUAUUGCUUUACGUUUGCAAACCUAUACAAUAUAUUUAGAAAGAAAAGGAGAAUUUUUAUAUAAGAUACAAAGGCAAUGCUAUUAUAUUAAAGCAUUUAUAAAAUUAUAAA